GAUGCGUGUGCAGACCCAGACCCUGCAGAUACAGGCACCUCUGAGUCCUUCGGCCCAGAGCACCUGACCUCUGACCCCCAGCACAGGAAAGCAGCAUGGUCAGGAGGGGUUAAACUUCGGCUGAAGCACAGGCGCAGUGAACCUUCGGGCCGACCUCAUUCUUGGCAUUCAACCAAAUUUGGGGAGAAUCAACCCGAUGCCAGCAUGAUGCAGAUAUCUCAGGGCACGAUUGGCACUCCUUGGCCCCAGAGCUACCAUUCCAGCUCCUCUACCAGUGACCUCUCUGGCUAUGACCAUGCUUAUCUGAGGCGGAGCCCUGACCAGUGCAGCUCCCAGGGGAGCAUGGACAGCCUGGAGCCCAGCGGGGGAUGCCCGCCCUGCCACCUUCUCUCCCCGGCCAAGUCUACCAGCAGCAUUGACCAGCUCAGCCACCUCCAUAACAAGAGAGACUCGGCUUACAGCUCCUUCUCCACCAGUUCCAGCAUCCUCGAAUAUCCGCCCCCCGGCAUCUCUGGCCGGGAGCGUUCAGGCUCCGUGGACACCACUUCUGCUCGAGGUGGCCUCCUAGAAGGGAUGAGGCAGGCAGACAUUCGCUAUGUUAAGACGGUCUAUGAUCCCCGGAGGGGGGUCUCAGCAGAGUAUGAGGUGAACUCUUCAGGCCUGCUUCUGCAAGGUAAGGAGGCCCGAGCAUUGGCAGAUGGUCAGGGCUAUGAGAAAUGGCAUAGUGUUCCUCGGGGCAAGGAAGCGCCACCCCCCUCCUGGAGCCAGCACUGCCCCAGCUCCUUGGAGACCACCGCGGACAACUUGCCUCCUAAAGUGGGUGCGCCCCUGCCCCCGGCUCGGAGUGACAGUUAUGCGGCCUUUCGGCAGCGAGAGCGGCCUGGCUCCUGGUCUAGCCUUGAUCAGAAACGGUUCUGCCGGCCUCAGGCAAACUCUGCAGGCACCCUGAAAUCUCCCUUCAUAGAGGAACAGCUGCAUACUGUGCUGGAGAAGAGUCCAGAAAACAGCCCCCCAGUGAAGCCCAAGCAUAAUUACACCCAGAAGGCCCAACCUGGCCAACCUCUGCUGCCGACUGGCAUCUACCCGGUACCUUCCCUGGAGCCACACUUUGCCCAGGUGCCCCGGCCUUCCGUGAGUGGUAACGGCACCCUCUACCCUGCGCUGGCCAAGGAGGGCGGGUAUCCAGCUCCGCAGGGAGCUUGCGACAAGACGGCCGCCCUUGAUGAGAAUGGGAACCAAAAUGGAUCUAGCAGGCCUGGCUUUGCCUUCUGCCAGCCCCUAGAACAUGACUCAGUGUACCCAGGAGAGAGGAAACCUGAAGUUUCAGCCAAAUGUGUCCCCUACAAAGUCCAUUUCCCCUCAGUGCCUGAAAACGAGGAGGAGACCUCCCUGAAGAGACUUCUCACACCUCUCCAAGGCAACAGCCCACAUCCCAGUGAGAGAAAGAGCACCCAGGGCAACAAAUAUUCUAAUUACCACGGACUCCAAUCCCCUCAGGCUCAGGCCUGGCAAGUGGGUGAAGACAAGAGAUCUUUCCUGCCCUCAGAGCCUUGGGAGGGUGAUUUCCAUGAAGACCACAAUGCCAACCUCCGGCGGAGGCUCGAGAGAGGCAGCCUGGGCCAGAGCAUGCCAAGCAACUUUGGCAAGACCACAUCUGCCUUCUCCUCCCUCCAGAACAUUCCUGAGAGUCUAAGAAGGCAAAGCAGCCUGGAUCUAGGAGGCGGAGCCCAGGAGAUCUACCUGGAAGGCACAUCCACCUGUGCAGUCAGCACCAAGGCAGAGGACUCUGGAAGGACUAUUGUUCCUGAUCACAGGAGCCAGCUGGACAGGUCAGUUUCCUAUCCCAGGCCUGAGGGGAGAACCAGUGCCUCGGCUUCCUUCCACAGUUCAGACCCGAGGUAUGAAGAGCUGCCCUCCCCGCCCCCGCAGGAGACAUCCAGUCUGGGCCGAAGGAGGCUCAGCUCCAGCAGUGCCUCGGCUCUGCAGGGCUUUCAGUAUGGGAAGCCCCACUGCUCGGUGCUGGAGAAGGUUUCCAAGAUCGAGCAGCGAGAGCAAGGGAGCCAGAGGCCCCCGAGUGCGGGCAGCUCUAGUUACGGUUAUAACCACAGGCCCAACAGGGCACUCCCAACUUCUCAUACUUCGGGGAAUGACUUGGAGGAGACAAAGGCCCAUAUCCGUUUUUCCGAAUCCACUGAGCCCCUAGGCAAUGGGGAACUGCACUGCAAAAACGGGGAGCCGAAGUCGGAAGAGGUUUCCUGGCAGCCGUGUGGUCAGCACCCCAGGCGGGACGCUCGCCUGCUCCGCAGCCAGAGCACCUUCCAGCUCUUCAGCGAGGCCGAGAAGGAGGCCGUGUGGCCCGAUGACCGGCCCCGCACGCCAGAGUCGCCCGUGCAGGAUGCCCCCUUCAGCCGCGCCUACCGGAACAGCAUCAAGGAUGCGCAGUCCCGCGUCCUGGGCGCCACCUCCUUUCGACGCCGGGACCUCGAGCCGGGGACGCCCACAGCUGCCAGGCCCUGGCGGCUGCGACCCGCCUCGGCCCACGUGGGGCUGCGGAGCCCGGAGGCGCCGGCUUCCGCCUCCCCGCACACCCCGCGCGAGCGGCACAGCGUGACCCCGGCCGAGGGCGACCCAGCCCGGCCCGCGCCCCCCGCCGCCCGGAGGGGGCCGCGCCGGCACCUGACCCCCGAGCAGAAGAAGCGCUCGUACUCGGAGCCCGAGAAGAUGCACGAGGUGGGGGUCUCGGAGGAGGCCGAGCCGGCGCCCCCGGGCCCGCCAAGGAAGGGGCCGCAGUUCGCGGAGAGCUCGGUGGCUGACCGGCGCCGCAUCUUCGAGCGAGACGGCAGGGCCUGCUCGACCCUCAGCCUGUCGGGGCCCGAGCUGAAGCAGUUCCAGCAGAGCGCGCUGGCCGACUACAUUCAGCGCAAGACCGGCAAGCGGCCCGCUGCCGCCGGCUGCGGCCUCCAGGAGCCUGGCCCGCUGCGGGAGCGCGCGCAGAGCGCCUACCUCCAGGCCGCGCCCGAGGGCCCCGGCCUCGCUGCGGCCUGCAGUCUCUCCUCUCUGCGUGAGCCCAGCCUGCCGCCCCGCAGGGAGGCCGCCCUCCAGCCGGCCACCGCGGAAGGGGGUGGCGGGGAGCCGCCACGGGCCCCCCGAGAUCGCAGCAGCUCCUUUGCCGGCGGCCGCCACCUCGGGGAACGGCGCCGCGGAGACCAAGCCCCGAGAGAACUGCUCGGUGGAGCUAACGGCGGUCCAAAGGGCCCCCAGAGGCUGGACAGGACCCCUGGGGAGCCUUCCCCGUGGGGGUCCGCGGCCGGGAGGGCCGGGAAGUCCAUGUCGGCCGAGGACCUGCUGGAGCGCUCAGACGUCCAGGCCGUCCCUGUCCACAUGAGGUCACGGUCAUCUCCCACCGCAGACAAGCGCCAGGAUGUGCUUUUGGGGGAAAACAAUGGCUUUGGUCUUGUGAAGGAUCCAUGUUAUUUGGCUGGCCCAGGAUCCAGGCCAUUCAGCUGUUCCAGCCGUGAAGAGAUGUCGUUGCUCCAACACCAUCCCAGCCCUCGUUGCGGGGUUUCGGGCUGCAAAGCAGGUGGCGGUGCCUCCAUUCCCGGCAGGGGUCCGGGACCGCUGGACCCUCCAAGGCAGGCCAGCAGAACGCCUUGCCCCCGGUCCCUGCCCUCAGGAGCGCAAGGGCAUCUCCCGGACACCAGGGCUGCACCGCCGAGCUCAGCCCUGCCUGCCCCUGGCCCCUCGAGCUACUGCUCACAGGCCGCCGCCGCCCAGCCCUGCACCCCAGCCGGGACCCCCAGAAGUGGCGGCCACCGGCCGGCCCAGCCUCCCAGCCCCGAGCGCAGGAAGGAGGAGGGAGCAGGGACGCGGCGCUCCCCGCCCUGGGUGAAGCGGGCCCACGCGAUCAGAGAGGACAGCCUCCCGGAGGAUGCCGCAUCGCCUGGGUGCUCGAGCCCGAAGCCGCAGGCCCUCCCCAGCCCCAGCAGCACUUCCGACCCAGACACGCCCCUCGGGGCCCCAGACACGCCCCUCGGGGCCCCAGACACGCCCCUCGGGGCCCCAGACACGCCCCUCGGGGCCCCGGGCACUCUGGGCAGGAUCUCCCUCCGGAUCUCUGAGUCUGCCCUGCUGGCCUCCCUGCCGCCUCGGGAAGACAACGACGACGACGAGGUGUUCGUGAGGGACCUGCGCUCCACCGCCACUUCCGGCCCCACCUGCGAAGCGCCGCCGCCGCCCAGCCGGGAAGCCCCGGCCCAGAACCUGGACCGCUUCCCUCCGCCUCCCCCUGAAGCUGUGUGCGCGGAGCAGUGGGACAGCGAGGGCUACCGGGAGCCCCACGCCAGCAGCUCCAGCAAACUUGCCAAGGUGACAAUUGCCAAGGAAAGGCCCAUCCCUGGUGCAGCCCAUUUGGUUGAUAGUCAGAUACUGGCUUCCAGAUCCCAUACUUCUAUCAAGAGUUCAGAGGCCAACGAGACCGACCCACCCUCCACCACCAGUGCUCUGCCCCAGCCUGCCGGGUCUCUUAGCAAGCAGCCAAGCCCAGGGCAGCCACCUUCCAUCCAGACCCAAAGCCUCAGCCACGACCCAGUCAGUGGGACUCAAAGUUUAGAAAAGAAUGUCAGUUCUGGUCCUCAGAAGACCUCAGAAGACAUGAGAACAGAGGCUCUGGCCAAGGAAAUUGUCCACCAAGACAAAUCUCUGGCAGACAUUUUGGAUCCAGACUCCAGAAUGAAGACAACUAUGGACCUGAUGGAAGGUUUGUUUCCACGAGAUGCUAAUCUGCUGAAGGAAAACAGCAUAAAGAGGAAGGCCACGCAGAGAACUGUCAGCUUCCCAGGAUGUGAAGCUAAGAGGAGUGAAGACAAGGAAGCAGUGGGCAUGUUGGUCAACUGUCCUGUCUACUACAGCGUGUCUGCUCCCAAGGCCGAGCUUCUGAAUAAAAUCAAAGCUAUGCCAGAGGAAGUGAAUGAGGAAGAGGAGCCGGCAGACAUCAACGAAAAGAAGGCGGAGUUGAUUGGAAGCCUCACCCACAAGCUUGAGACCCUCCAGGAAGCCAAGGGGAGCCUGCUGAUGGACAUCAAGCUCAAUAACGCCCUGGGGGAAGAGGUAGAGGCCUGGAUCAGUGAGCUCUGCAAGCCCAAUGAGAUCGACAAGUACAAGAUGUUCAUCGGGGACUUGGACAAGGUGGUGAACCUGCUGCUGUCCCUCUCGGGGCGCCUGGCCCGCGUGGAGAACGUCCUCAGUGGCCUUGGUGAAGACGCCAGUAACGAGGAAAGGAGCUCUCUCAACGAGAAGAGGAAGGUCCUGGCUGCGCAGCACGAGGACGCCCGGGAGCUCAAGGAGAACGUGGACCGGAGGCAGCGCGUGGUGCUGGACAUCCUGGCCCAUUACCUUUCCAAGGAGCAACUCCAGGAUUACCAGCAUUUUGUGAAAAUGAAGUCGACACUCCUCAUCGAGCAGCGCGAGCUGGACGACAAGAUCAAGCUGGGCCAGGAGCAGGUCAAGUGUCUGCUGGAGAGCCUUCCCUCGGACUUCGUGCCCAAGGCAGGGGCCCUGGCUCUGCCCCCAGGCCUCGCCGGCGACCUGACUGCUGUGGGAGGGUGGACCGUCAGUGGUAUUUUUCCGACAGUAACCUUUCCACUUUAACCUCUUCUUCAGGACCCAACGAAAAGACCACCCCUUCUCUCAACACUAUGUAAUCUGAAAAAUGUUUCAGUACAAGCCAGCCUUUAAACUCUAUGGGUUAUGGGGGGUUUUUCUGGAUAAAAGGAAAAAAUUCCAUCCAGGAAAAAGCCUGUCUUUUCCUUCUCACCCUUCAUGAUUGAUCUUCUGAGAGCUUGAAUGCUGCUGGGAACUUACUUACCCCUUUCUGUUGUUACUUCGUAGUAGAAAGAAAAUUAAUGAAACUGUGCGAACUGAUCGGAGGGUGUCUGAUCGUUUAGUUUUCUACAGGCUGAGGCAGCAUGGAUAAGUGCAUGUCACCCUCAGGAAUGUACCCACGGUGGCCUUCCCUGCUUGUGGGCGGUGUAUCCUGACGACAGGUACCCGUACUUAAGGGUCUGCAACAUAAAGCCUUAAAGAGAAACACACACAGGAGAAAACUGUCAAACCUUGAACGUUGUUAUUUAUAUUUUUAAAAAUGAAAAAGAUCAUUGUUUGUGUGCUAACCACUUACUUGAUUCUGUUUUGUGGUGGACGUAGACGGUUACGUUUGAGCUUUGUAUUUUGUGAGAACCUUAAUGAAACGAAGAAUUCCAAAGACAGUCACAUUGAGUGUGGAGACUUUUUUCUUAAACUCUCAACAGUGAGUAGACCUUCAAUGCUUGUUUUAAACUGAGUAUGGGGGAGCCCCGGCUGCCCCUGCUGCUGGUCUUCAUCACUGUACUCCUGCAACACUCAGGAGCGCACACACCUUCCCAGGAAGAAGGCUUUAUGCAGCAUGGCGGUCAUGUCCUUCUGCAGUGCUUCCUACCAUUAUCACUGGGGCGGAGAGAAAGCUAAAUUUUACUAACAAGGACAACUCUCCAACCUGUUGACAAGGAGGCCGGAACCCAAGUCAAUUCAAAACUGAAUUCAUGCUGUCCUCCUAUACGAGAUUUGAGCUAAAUACAACUUAUUUGGUGAGAUAUAUUAGCAGGCUGUUUUAACAAUGCUUUUCAAAAAAGUUUCUUUUCCUAAAAUGUCAAACUUAUCAACUACAUUUUCACUGAAAACUCCCUCCUUAACCUCUGAAGACUGAUUUUGCACUAUUCUGCUUCAAUAAUAACAUCUGAGAGGGUACUCGAGAGCCCAAGCUGUAAGUUUAUUAAAAUAUAUAGACUGGAAGAUGGAAGGAGGUGAUGGGCCAGCGACCAGGCUAUGUUGUCAGCUGCCGGAGAUGGCAACAACCCAAUACUUUAAGCAGGUGGUGCAUCCCAGGCUGUGCUUUAGUUCUGUUGUUGUUUUCACAUGUGUUGAAUCCUCGGCGGGGGGUGGGGCCACCUGUGCUGAUUUGGGCUACAAGUACUAUAGCAGCCAGUCCUAGAGAACUGGGAGAGUAAAAUUCUUAGGAGGGUAUCAAAUGCUCGUUUUUCUUAGUACAUUUUAAUUAAUGAAAAUUUUCUGGCUAAGAACGUCAAAAACGUAGUUUUGAUCCCCGAUACAGAUGUAUUUUGAUGAACUUAGAAUCAAUAGGCCACCCACAGAUUUCUCGUGAGCCAUCAACAAAAGCCAUUGCUUCAUUCUUUGGAGGUUUUACACUGUCAGACUGCAUUAUAAGACUGCACCUUGGUUUCCCAGGAAUGUUUUCAAAAGCUUAUCUCUUACAUCUAGAGGUUCCAUCUCCCAGGGAAUCAGUAGAACCAGGGACAGCAUUCAAUAGCCACACUGCAUGGUCAUUUUGAAGUAAAGAAAAACAGUACCUCCAGCUGACUUUUCAUCAGACUCAGGCCAACACAGGAGCCUGAGAUCAACUCCAAUCGGUGUGUCUUGCUGAUACUGAGUGGUUCCCUGAGGUCAGAGCAGGUUGAAGCUAGCCAGCAAAUGUCUGCAGCAGUUCUUAGUGAAGUUCCUCAGGGGAUUCUUGGGCUCCCAAUUCCCAACACUCUUCUAAAUUAUCCUUAAGGAUUUGACUGGGAACGUUUUACACAUUCAGUCUUUUUCAUCACUUUUCUAAUUUAUACAUGUCAAAGUAAGUGACCCCCCAGAGAAGAGCAGGUGAUACUCUGAGGCACCACAAGCACCUGAAAGCUAUGAUGCUCUGAGGAUAGUUAUCCCUUCUUUUGCUCCAUUGAAAUGUUGUUCUGUUAUGUGAGAUGAGUGAGGUACCAAGUACGACUGUGAAAUCUAAUUCUCAGGCAGAUGUGAUAUUUAUAGCAGGACUUGACCUCUGUGCUCUGAGAAGAAAUCACUAACCUAAUUUUCAUUGUUAACUUUAACUAGAUAAUAAGCCUAUUCUUUACCCCUUUCCUAUUUUGCAUUCUUUCCCUACUAUUAAAAAAAAUUAUUAAAAACAAAAUCAUCCACAGCAGAAGCCACCUUUUCCCUCCAAAUAGCAUCCUCAGCCAAAAUCAUGGGCACAGCAACCAUGAGAAGUUGUUGGUCAGGAUUUCAGGACACACACAUUACAUCAUCAGGAAUGUUUGUUCAGUCAAUAAUUGUCCCCGUGGAUAUGAUCCUUUCAGAGAUACCAUGUCCUGUGAGAAGUCAGGUGGGAGUGGGAUGGCCUUGCUGCUGAUACUCAAGAAACCUUCAAAGUUCCAAGAAAGGACAAUGUCCUACGACAUACCUGGGAGGCUUCCAACUUCCUGUGCCCCUGGAGAAGUUCCUGGGCUUGUUGCUACAUGUUGUCUGACUCAGCCUUUUCUCAUGCUGUUUUGCUUCUUAUAGUGGCUGCUAAACCCCAAAGAAUGCAGGGAGGGUCCAUAGUCAAAGUGUCUUGAGUUUCUCCCAGAGGCACUGUCAAAACCAAACGUUUUUUUCCUUUGCUCCAGGGGAUCAUUUUAUGAUGAUGAAAACCAUCAACUGGUUUUCAGACUUGAAGAUUAGCAAGUUUGGGUCAGCUCCCAAGAGUCUGUUGAAAUGAGGAGUGAGGGCUUAACUGAGGUUCUUUGGGGCAUAUAAAGCAGAAACCAGGGACUUCCCUGGAGGUCCAGUGGUUAAGACUCUGUGCUUCCACUGUAGGAGGCACGCGUUCGAUCCCUGGUCUGGGAACUAAGAUCCCACAUGCUGCAGGGCAUGGCAAAAAAAAAAAGAAGAUAUUAAAGCAGAAACCAGCCUGGGAAAUCCCAGUUUUCCUAUUACUCCGUUGUUAAUAUCUGAUCCAAAGUCACUUCUGAGUUUGAUAGAUCACAGUCAUUCCUAACAUGAGUUCUACCGUGAAGUUUGUAUUUUAUUCAAGCAUCUUUUAUUAAGAUAUUGGGCUUUUUUUCUGGAUAACUUGAAAAAUGUUGGCUUUUUAUUCUUAUAUGAUUCCAAAUUUUUCUCUUUAGUUUAAUUUUCUAUGAUAUUAUUGGCUUUAUUCUGUUACGUUGGAAUUAUUUUUCCUUUCUUAGAACAAAAUGAGUUUUAGUCACCUUACUGCUGGGAGGAAAAGGAAGAACUUCAGCGAGAAAUAACGUCUCCAUCUCCAGCAAGACGUGGCCAGGUGAACGUGAAGGGGCCUUUCUACACAGAAAUAGAUUAUUGGGGACAAGGUAUUCAUUGCUGCCUGAACUCUCUGGGACGAAGCAUGGAAUAAAAUGAUAAAGGCCAUUUUGGUAUCAGGGACACAUGAACAGUGUUCUAGUUUAUUCUUAUUUCUAAAUGAAACCUUACUUUUCUUAAGGGAGCUCAUUCAGACACUAACUCCAUCAUGGUUUCUCAAAGUACAGUCAAGGUAGCAUCUGCAUCAGAGUAACGGGUGCUUGCUAUAAAAAGGCCAGUUGCUGGGACACAAACAAGUAGGCUGGGAAUCUGCAUCUUAACGAGUUCCCCAGUUUAUUCUGAUGUACUCUAAAUUCCAAGAGCCUCUUACCCCUGUCGUUUGUACAGUUUUUAUUGUUAGGAUCACAAUUAGACUGGCAUGAAUGUAUAUCAUAAUAAUCCCAGAAAUUCAAAGCCCUGUCACAUUUACUCUCAUUAACUACAUUAUUAUGAGUUUAAUACUGUCCCCACGAUUAAAUCAUCCCCAAGGUUGUGAUACGGGUUCCCCCCCGCCCCGCUCACUCUCUCCUAGAUCUGUUUUAAAUUUAAACAAACUAAGUACUUAUUCAGGCUGAGUGCACUAAUUAUUUCUCCCCCAAAGGAAUCAGCUUAUCAAACAACGUCAGUAAUUUGAAGUGUUGCCAUGAUAUCUGUACUCACCUGAAAUCACGACUGACCUUUUCAGUGGGGACCGUACUCAGAUUUCUGUGGCUUCAUCACUAGUCUCGUGCUACCUAUGGGUUAGAAUUUCUCUUGGCUUGGAUCUGACAGUCUAGGUAAUGAAACAAAAACGUGUCCCUUUCCUUUGAGAAAUGAAAGGAGCCAUCACCCGAUUUUAAAAGCCUAAAAUCAAAAUUAGGCAGGAAAAAAGUUGUGGAGAAACUGGUUCCCUUAGUCCUGCUUCAU